UGGUCCUCCGCCGAGUACCCAGCCUCCGCCGUCCCGGUCCCCGCGCAGCCCCCGCCGCAGCCAUGUCCAAGGAAUUGCAGGCCCGGCAGGACGAGAUCCUGGAGUGCCGGGUGAUGUGGGAGCCUGACAGCAAGAGGAACACGGAGAUGGACCGCUUCCGCGCGGCCGUGAGCGCCGCCCGCGGCCUGUCGCUGCAAAACUACAAUGACCUGUAUCGUUGGUCAAUUGAAUCAUAUUCGGACUUCUGGGCAGAGUUCUGGAAAUUCAGCAGGAUUGUCUACUCACGCAUGUAUGACGAGGUUGUGGACCCAUCAAAAGGGAUCGCAGACGUCCCCGAGUGGUUCAGAGGCAGCCGUCUGAACUACGCGGAGAACCUCCUGCGGCACGGGGAAGACGGCAGAGUGGCGCUCUACGUCGUGCGAGAAGACAAAGAGGAAAUCGUGAAGGUGACUUUCGAAGAGCUGCGACAGCAAGUGGCUUUGUUUGCAGCGGCCAUGAGGAAAAUGGGUGUGGAAAAAGGAGACCGGGUCGUCGGUUACUUACCCAACGGUGAGCAUGCCGUGGAGGCCAUGCUGGCUGCUGCAAGCAUUGGUGCCAUCUGGAGCUCCAUGUCCCCGGACUUCGGGGUGACCGGAGUUCUGGACCGGUGCUCCCAAAUCCGGCCGAAGCUCAUCUUCUCUGUGGAGGCCGUUGUGUUCAAUGGCAAGGAGCACAGCCACCUGGACAAGGUGCAGCAGGUCACGAAAGGACUGUCAGAUUUGAAAAAAGUGGUCGUGAUCCCCUACGUUACCUCUAGAGACAAGAUAGACAUUUCGAAGAUACCGAACAGUGUGUUUCUGGACGACUUUCUCGCCGCUGGGAGAGGGGACCGAGCGCCCCAGCUGGAGUUCACGCAGCUGCCGUUCAACCAUCCCCUCUUCAUCUUGUUCUCCUCGGGCACGACCGGGGUGCCCAAGUGCCUGGUGCACUCCGCUGGGGGCACCCUCAUCCAGCACCUGAAGGAGCACAGCCUUCACGGCAACAUGACCAGCAGCGACAUCAUACUCUUUUACACCACGGUUGGCUGGAUGGUCUGGAACUGGAUAUUGUCUACUCUGGCCAUGGGCAUGGCCGUGGUCCUGUACGACGGCUCGGUGCUGAAGCCCACGCUGAACGUGCUGUGGGACCUGGUCGACAGGAUAGGCGUCACCAUCCUUGGGACGAGCCCCACGUGGCUGUCGAUGCUUGAGAGGAAAAACCUGAAGCCAGUGGAAACGCACGAUCUCCGGUCCCUGCGCAUGGUCAUGUCCACCGGCUCCCCGCUGCUGGCCCAGGGCUACGAGUAUGUGUACAGGUGCAUCAAGCGCAACGUCUUCCUGACCUCCGUCUUAGGUGGCACCGACAUCAUCUCCGCCUUCAUGGGCCAGAACCCCACGCUCCCUGUGUACAAGGGGGAGAUUCAGGGCCCGAACCUGGGCAUGGCCGUGGAGGUGUGGAACGAGGAAGGUGUCUGGGCGCAGAGCGACUACUGUAGGAUCAACCCCAAGACCGGCGGCAUCGUCGUGCUGGGCCGCAGUGAUGGCAUGCUCAACCCCAAAGGAGUGCGCUUCGGCAGCUCGGAAAUCUAUAAUAUCGUGGAAGCCUUUGAGGAGGUGAUGGAUAGCCUCUGCGUCUCCCAGUACAACAAGGAUAGGGAAGAGAGGGUGGUCCUCUUCCUGAAGAUGGCCUCCGGGCACUCCUUCCAGCCAGACCUGGUGAGGCGUGUGCAAAACGCCAUCCGCAUCGGCCUGUCAGCCCGGCACGUGCCCAGCGUCAUCCUGGAGACCAAGGACAUCCCGUACACCCUCACCGGCAAGAAAGUGGAAGUGGCUGUGAAGCAGGCCAUUUCUGGGAAGCCCGUGGAGAACCGCGUAGGCUUAUUGAACCCCGAGACCCUGGACUGGUACCGGCACGUCCCCGAGCUGCAGGACUUCUGAGCGGCCCGCGUGUGGCGUCGUGACGUCUGCGUGUUUGGACACCCAUGGCUCGGGGGACAGUCGUCUAUCUUGUCUACUGAGGGAGCCCGAGCCCACCACGCACGGCGACAGAAUCCUGGCUUGGUCGAUGGGGCGUUUGGGGCGUGUGUGGCGGUCUGGGCGAGAGCGUGUCUUUGCUCAGGUGCUCUGGCGUGACCGUCACGGCCGAUGCCUGGUCGCACUGUGGCACUGGCUGGUGUUGGUGACAGCACAGCACCGAGGAGCCACCUGGCUCCCAGCCUCCCCUCUCCACUCUGUUAUGAUGCAUAUUGGUUCCCUUUCCUCUGGUCUCCAGCUCUGGCUGUUCCUCAGGCCACACCCAUGUCACAAGGCACCCCUCCUGUGACUUCGUGCCUGGCCUCUUCUGGUCAGGACCCGGUGGCCGACCGCCGUGCGUCGUCUGCUGGGGGAACACUGCAGUCCCUGGCAGAACCGUGGGUCGCCACGUCGAAGGCACUGCCUGGUGGAGGGAUAGUCCCCUCUGGAGCACGAGCGGGUUUCGUGCUUUAAUGGGACUUCUUGGCUUUACGGACUUAUACAUCUUUCAUGUGCAUCGUCUGUGUGUACGGCUGUUUGAAGAACGGGAU